AUGGUCGAGGCGAUCGCAGGGGAAGGAGAACUGAACCAGAUGAAUGUGAACUGGACUCGCGGCCUGGUGGGCGAUAUCCUUCUCGCUCUCAGCGACCGUGGAGCUUCCGCGGUGCAAUUCUUCAACUGGAUAUCGAAAUCGCAGCAGGGUUUCCGAGCCGAUCCGGUAAUCUGCAACCUGUUCGUUGAUAAUCUCGGACGGUUGGAGAACUACGAGAGGAUGACGAUGACCCUCAAGGAGCUCUCUCGCGGAGGCCACUGUCUGACAGAGAAGGCCUUCACCUUCCUGAAGCUCCUCCUCCUCCGCCGCUUCCCCGCCGCCAAGGACUCCGUCAGGAGAGUCGUGGCGGCGUUGAAGGCGGCGGGGGGCACUUGCCGCGGCACGGGGAUCUUCUCCCUGGUCAAGCUGCUCUCUGACUCGGGCUUCUUUGACCUCGCCAUCUUCGUCAUGGAGGAGAUCGCUGCUCGGAGAGCCUCCUACUACAACGCGCUGAUCGCCGCCAAGUGCAGAAGUGGGGACUUUCAGGACGCCCACCAGCUGCUCGACGAAAUGCGCUGCCGCCGCUGCGGCCCCACGGUCAGCUCCUACAACUAUCUGCUGGGGAGCCUCUUCAAGAACAACAAGUUCCCCGAAGCGUGCAGGCUGCUCGUAUCAAUGGAGGACGCGGGCUACGCCCCCGACCCGUUGACCUUCGAGGUGGCCAUCGUCCACGCCUGCAGGGUCAACCGGAUUGACUUCGCCGGCGAGCUCCUCGCGAGGAUGCUGUCGGAGGGGGUCCCUCCGCGGCUUUCCACCCACGCCGCCUUCAUCAAGGGUUACUUCUGGUGCGGCCGAGCAGAGGAGGCCCGCAAGUACGUGGAGACCAUGAAGGAGCUCGAUCGGUGCGCCGCCAACGCGAACUACAGCCUGCUGGCCAGCCUCCUCCGGAUCAACGGCCGGGUGGCGGAGGCGGCGGCGCUAUUGCUGGAGAUGAUGGUGGCGGAGAAUCUCCGGCCCAACUUCUCUGUCUAUGUGAAGGUGACCAAGGAUCUGUACAGGGCCGGCGGCGGCGAGCUCGCCGCCGCUCUGAAGCGGCGGUUCUCGGAGUUCCCCCAGAUCUCUCCGGAUCGACGAUCCUCCACCUCAUCAACAUGA